AUGGCGGACGAGAGCGCCACCGCCACCGCCGCUAGAAGUGUCCGUAGCCACCGCAAUGGUGGUUGUGGUUUCCGCCGCAGCAAGGGGAAAGGAGCAGUUGUAGACUCAAUCAGCUGUCUACCUGAUGUGAUCCUCCAACACAUCCUCUCCUUUGUUCCGACGAAAAUCGCCAUCACAACUUCUCUCUUGUCAAAACGAUGGAGACACUUAUGGUGUGGUGCACCUUCUCUCUCUUUCGAUAGCUGUUCUUGUCCAAUGAUUAACAAAACCCUAGCUCGCUACACUGCUCCCAAGAUGAUGCAUUUUCACCUCUCUACCAUAACCGAACACCAUCUUCCCUACAUGGACAUGUGGAUCGAGUUCGUCAUGUUCCGACACCUGGAGAAUCUGUUCCUCGGAUUCUAUCUUGACCACGGCUACACGUAUCCUGAUUUCUUCUACACCAAUCCCUCUCUCAAGCAGCUCACCCUUUUCAAUGGUGUUAUGAUUCCCAGAUGCUCUGUGUCUUGGACAUCUCUCAAGAACAUGUCCUUGCUUUGUUGUAGUACUCUCUCUGAUGAAUCCAUGUCUAAUAUUCUCUCUGGUUGUCCCGUUCUAGAGAGCUUAACAUUGGAUCACUGCGAUCAAAUUAGGUCUCUUGAUCUCAUCAAGUCACUCCGUCUGAGAACAUUAGUAGUAUACCACAGCAGUUGGGCUGCAACGAAGAUUGAGGCACCGCACAUCCAUCGUCUCCAUUUGAGAAACUCUGAGUCACCAUGUACUUUACUUGAUGUCUCGUCUUUAACCGAAGCUAAUCUCAACGUUUUGUUUCAGUCCGUUGAAGCAACCUUCAAUGCUGAUAAUCUUCAAGAUAAGUUGCUAGCUAUUCUUGAAAAGGUACAGCAUGUAGAGAAGCUUACUCUUGGAGUAAAGUUUCUUCAGAUUUUAUCUCUAGCCGAGCUUUGUGGUGUUCCUUUUCCGGUGUUGAAGGUCAAAGCAUUGACACUGGAGACGACAAAGAUCUUUCAGUAUGUUAUUCCUGGUGUAGAAAGGGUGUUACAAAACUCACAUGGUUUAAAGAAGCUAACAGUCCGCACAAGCCAUUGCGACACCAUACCGGGGGAGCAUCUUGACAAAUACUUGGCUUUGGAAGGCUUGGAUCCGGCUCAAUGUUGGAGAUCAAAAGAUGGUGUCCGUUGGAACAAGUCUCGUUUGGUUUUAGAGCCAAAGCACUUGGUUUCAUUCGUGGAACUUGUGUUUAAAAACACAAAGACAUUAGAGAAGGUGUUCCUACUGUUAGACCCUUGCCAUAAGUUUAAAGAGAUGGUUUCAACACUUUCUCACUACAACAAAGUCUCUGUUGCCUUGAACCACAGGGUUUAG